AUGCCGUGGAUCUGUGACGGCAACAAUUGGAUUUGCUGCCCUGCUCCCAAGCACCUGGACAUGUCACCGCACGAAAAGAUGCAACUCGGCUGCAUCAUCCCGACCCGAGCAAGGCGUGCAAGCCCUGGCGGCACCGCCUCUCCGACCGCCAGGAUACCUCUUCCGCUCCCUGGCGCGCUUCGCUUCAAGCGCCUCGCCCGUUCCCACCCCUUACGGUGCCGCCAAGCUCAAGGCCUCGAACGAAGCGCCAUCUCCAUCAUCGGCGCAGGAGACGGCGCGGGGUCCUCCAAGCUGCUGCUCCAGCGGCAUGCGACAACACAGCUGCCCUUGGCGUUCGCCGAGAGGGCUUUGUUUGGUGGGAAAGCUGUUGGCCUCCAGGGACGCAUGAGCGCCUUUGGUAGUGCAUGGCGGGAACCACCCAGGGCCAGAAAGAGAGAAGAGAAGGUCAAGUGCCAGGAGGUCAUGGAUUUGACCACCACUUCAAUCCCGAGUGGCCUUGCUUACUCCUUUGGCUCUCAUGUACUCCUCAUUCUCGGACUUGGGAGACGGCAGCCAACCGCCGGUUUCCCGGCUGCGUGUAGCUACCGCAAAGGCCGGAGCAGCGCUGCUGGCACCUGUCUCUGCAGCACAACAGAGUGGCUGGUCCAACUCCCCCAGCUAGUCUGGCUGUGCGAGGCCAGUGAGCCUUGGCCGCCGCCGCUCCAACAGCGACAGCUACCACUGACGACAGUGGGAGGUAAUGGAGCCCUCGUGCUGGAUUUGUUGCUGCCCUGUCGCCGUGCACGAGUUCGGCCACAUCUCCGAAUCGGUGCUGCUCUGUUGCCGUGCAAGAGCUCGGCCACUUCACCGAAGCCGGGAAAAAGGGGGCAGAGAGGGCGUCAAGAGCGCGCUCUUCGACGCUUUGUGGAGCCUUCCUUCUUCGCCCGGCCUAGUUUCGGGCCUCUGAGCAAGCUGGGCGAGGACAUCCUCAUCAGGGCCAGCCACGGCCCAACGGGGCAGAGUGCGCUUGGCCAAUGUGCCCACAACCAUGGACAAGUCGCCACAUGA